UAGGAAAUAAUAUUCAACCACUGGUUCAACCGAUACACCACUCUCCGAGUGGUCAUGAUGGAGUUUCUCUGUUCAAAUCCCAAAUGUUAAUACCGUGUUGUCACUUUUAUGUUACGAACGAACUGUCAUUGACGUUUCAAAAAUUGCUGCAACAUCGUAUGUAUCGGAAGUUUGAAACUUUAAUUCGAAAAUCGAGAGUACUUAUCUCAAGUCAUAUGACGUGAUUACAAUUUUCUAGUGACAGCCAAAGUUGAAAUCGAGGAAAAAUAGAAUAACUUGUAAUCUAAUUAACGCUAAUCCAGUCAUCAGCCUGUGAAUUCCGAAGUCUUUUUUGCGAGUUUCGGUCAAGUAUCGUGAGAAGCAAUACUCAAAAACCUUAUCAAUGGCCUAGCUUUAAGGUAAUUUAGAAUUCAGACAACCCUGAGGUAUUAUCAGUUGGCUUGGAAUGAGAUUUCCUAUCAAUAAAUCUAGACAGGUUAGGUUUUACUUUUGCAGCAUUGAAAUUUGCUCGACGUUAAAGUGGCUGUUGGAGAAAAUAGAGUGGUAUUUACCAUUUUAUCAUUCCUGGCCUGACAUGUCAAAUCCUGGAGAGCGUUUAAAUUAUGUGCAAGAUAGUAGCAGCGAUACAGAGACAGACUACAAGGAAACGGAUAACCGUGGUCGCCACCGCGUAUACAAACACAGAUUUGGUUGUCCCGGCUCAUCCAACCCGAAACCUUGUCUGGUACAGCGGAAUGGAACCAAUAACCGGUACUGUUGUUCUUUCAAACGAGGAAUGCGAAACACAAUGCGUCCAACAGUCGGGUUAGCCAAGCCCCAACAAAAUCAGACUCGUGACAAAGUAUUACUGUCUGGAACUGCAUCUGGCAUGAGUGUUACUGCAUCCACCGAUGAGCGGAUAACGCUUAUCGUCGAUAACACUAGAUUCAUUUUGGAUCCUGCUUUGUUUACCGCACAUCCAAAUACAAUGCUGGGGCGUAUGUUCAGUUCCGGCAUAGAGUUCGCUUUACCGAAUGAAAGAGGUGAACAUGAACUCGCCGAUGGGAUUUCUGCUAUGGUAUUCCGGGCAAUCUUGGAGUAUUAUAAAGAAGGAAUAAUUCGUUGCCCUCCUACAGUAUCUGUGCAAGAGCUUCGUGAAGCCUGCGAUUAUCUUCUAGUACCGUUCGAUGCCAGCACAGUAAAAUGUCAGAACUUGAGGGGGCUGCUUCACGAAUUAUCUAACGAGGGAGCUCGCUGUCAAUUCGAAGUGUUCCUCGAGGACUUAAUUUUACCAUUGAUGGUGAACAGUGCGCAGAGGGGAGAUAGAGAAUGUCAUGUCGUUGUUCUACUGGAAGACGAUGUCGUCGAUUGGGAUGAAGAAUACCCACCACAAAUGGGGGAAGAAUAUUCCCAAACUGUAAACAGCACGGCGAUGUAUCGGUUCUUCAAGUACAUAGAAAAUCGAGAUGUUGCAAAACAAGUGAUGAAGGAACGAGGAUUGAAGAAGAUACGUUUAGGUAUUGAAGGCUACCCGACGUACAAAGAGAAAGUAAAGAAAAGGGCUGACGGUCGUGCGGAAGUAAUAUAUAAUUAUGUUCAGCGUCCUUUCAUUCACAUGUCAUGGGAAAAAGAAGAGGCUAAGAGUCGUCAUGUAGAUUUCCAAUGCCUCAAAUCAAAAUCCGUGACCAAUCUCGCUGAAGCUACAGCUGAUCCAGCAUUAGAUGCCGGGGAAAAUCAAAUAAUUGCGAUUGGCAUGGAUCCUAUACCUCCACCGUUAGCGGCAAAUCCCAUGGGCAAUGAUACGGAUGCUGAAGGAGCCGUUGGACUACCAGCUGAUUCUGAACUUGGUCAAAUACCCCCCGACGAUACAUCUUAAAUGUUAUACCAUUGACAUUAAUUCAUAUAUCAACCAACUAUUUAUAUACUUUGCAAUAUAAUUAAUAAAUAUGAAGAAUUUGUAAGCAAGAAA